GCAUCUGCAUGAUAUGGUGUGCAGAUCAAAUUUGUGGGUCAUGGCCCAAGGAAAUAAUUAUGGGCAAAGCAGCAACGGGGUGGCCGAUGAAUCCCCAAACAUGCUGGUAUACAGAAAGAUGGAAGAUGUCAUAGCACGCAUGCAAGAUGAAAAAAAUGGGAUACCUAUUCGAACAGUCAAAAGUUUUCUUUCCAAGAUCCCCAGUGUCUUUUCUGGUUCAGACAUUGUUCAAUGGUUAACGAAGAACUUAUCUAUAGAAGAUCCAGUGGAAGCCCUACAUUUGGGAACACUGAUGGCAGCACAUGGCUAUUUCUUUCCAAUCUCAGACCAUGUUCUAACGCUAAAGGACGAUGGCACCUUUUAUCGAUUCCAGACACCCUAUUUUUGGCCAUCAAAUUGUUGGGAGCCGGAAAACACAGACUAUGCUGUCUACCUGUGCAAGCGGACAAUGCAAAACAAAGCAAGGCUAGAGUUAGCAGACUAUGAAGCUGAGAGUUUGGCCAGGCUACAGCGAGCAUUUGCUAGGAAAUGGGAGUUUAUUUUUAUGCAAGCUGAAGCACAGGCAAAAGUUGACAAGAAGAGAGACAAGAUAGAGAGGAAGAUUCUUGACAGCCAGGAGCGCGCUUUCUGGGAUGUACACCGGCCAGUGCCUGGAUGUGUAAACACUACUGAAGUGGAUAUAAAAAAAUCUUCAAGGAUGAGAAAUCCACAUAAAACAAGAAAAUCUGUCUAUGGCUUACAAAACGACAUUCGAAGUCACAGUCCUACCCACACACCAGUACCAGAGACUAAGCCUCCAACAGAAGAUGAACUACACCAAGAGAUUAAGCACUGGCAAAUGCAACUAGACAGACACAGAUUAAAAAUGUCAAAAGUUGCAGAGAGUCUAUUAGCUUAUACAGAACAGUAUUUGGAAUAUGAUCCUUUUCUUGUGCCCCCCGACCCCUCAAACCCUUGGAUAUCAGAUGACACCAAUUUCUGGGAACUGGAAGCAAGCAAAGAGCCAGGACAGCAGAGGGUGAAGCGAUGGGGGUUUGGCAUGGAUGAAGCUUUGAAAGACCCCGUGGGAAGAGAGCAGUUUCUCAAAUUCCUGGAGUCAGAGUUCAGUUCAGAAAAUUUAAGGUUCUGGCUAGCAGUAGAAGACCUGAAGAAGAGGCCUAUCCGGGAAGUUCCUGCCCGUGUCCAAGAAAUCUGGCAAGAGUUUCUUGCUCCAGGUGCACCCAGCGCUAUCAAUCUAGAUUCAAAAAGCUAUGACAAAACCACGCAGAAUGUAAAGGAUCCUGGAAGAUACACAUUCGAAGAUGCUCAGGAGCACAUUUACAAAUUGAUGAAAAGUGAUUCUUAUCCUCGUUUUAUACGAUCCAGUGCCUACCAGGAGCUGCUACAGGCCAAGAAAAAGGCUGGAACCCCACAUUCAUUUUUCCGAGGAGCCAGGAACCACCUUGACCCGGGGAACUUCUGUAGCGCUUUGAGAGUAACCAUUCACAAAGACCUUACAGCUCUGAACUACAGCACGCACAAAGAACACUUUUUUUCUAGUGACUACAAAAUGCUGCCAUAAGCUUUGCUGAAAUGAAACCUCUCUUAGUAGUAGUGGAGCUUUGUAUAUUAGCCAUCAAGGAUUUGACUAUUAGAUAAUUGUGAUCACAUUUUCUCUUCAGAACAACUUGCAUUAUUUAAGAAGAAAGUCAAACUCCAAUCAAGCUGUUAAGAGAUUUUGAAAUAUUCAGAUGUAGAGCUCCCAGCUUCCCUGUUUUAGCCUUUGAGGCACAGUGCACAAUGCUGCUAAGCAGGCGGUUGUCUCAGGAUUUAUUGUAGUGACUGAACUUAUCAGUAUAGAAAGUUCACUCUCUUGUGAACUGCUCUUGUGAACUUUCAAACAACAUUUGCAAACUAAGAAGCCAGAGAUUAUUUCUAUAAUAAAUGGAUGCAUAUCUGUCCAAGUGCUUAAUAAAAAUAUGUGAGAAGUACAAAACAAGUAAUUUUGUUCUGCAAUAAACACAUCUUUUUUCUUUUUCUAUUGGAUAAAGGACAGUAACAACAACAAUUCAAAACUUUUGAAGCUUUUAAGUUCAGAAGAUGAUACACUGACAAGAAUGACACAAAAAAUACAGGUCUUAGAAUGGGGACUAUCAGGUCAGAUGAGACCAAAAUUUGACAAAGCAAUGCCUGAAUUAUCUUUUAAUUCAUAUACACCCAUUUAAAUAAGAUCUUGAUACUAAAAGGUAAACUGAACCAUACAAUGUGAUCCAGCAAAAUCUGUUUCUAUAAAUACUCUUCAUGCCCAGGAAGAUAGGGGGACUGUGAUACUGUUCAUUUUAAAAGGCUCCUUUGAGUAUUUGAGUAUUUGGCCUGAAAAGGUGAAUGCUUACUUGACCUACAGUUCCCAUCUACCCUAAAACUGUCUGCUUCCUAUGGGUGCUCUCUCUUCCUUGCAAAGUACUGAUUGAAAACACAUGAAUGUUACUGAGCAAAUACCAUGAAUUGUGUCUGUACAAAACAAUACUGGUGAUUUUUGUUUUCUGGGUGGUCCUAAGGGAUGUGAACACAGCCUCCAGCCCCAGGCUAACAUUUACUGCCCUGUGCCAUCACAGCUGUCCAGGAGUCUGUUAAGAUGAGUUGAAAAUAUUAUUUCCUUGCCACGGACUCAUGUAUCAAUUGUAACUGAAAUAUAUUGAAGAAGUUCUCUCUUUAAAUAAAUCUCUAUAUAUAUAUGCA